AUGCGAGUCUUUGCACUGAGGAACCCAUGCGCGGUCGCAGCCCUCGUUCUGUUGCUCUGCCUGGCCCCCGCUAUAAUCGAACUCCUUAUCCUCUCUGACCCGCCCUUCGCAGAUGGGCUUCCAGAUCUAACCGGCGAACUUCGUCUCAAACCUGCCGAAGUUGGGGAAGUGCGAGUGCCGGUGUCCCUGCUGAUCCACGAGGCGACGGACACGUACCUACCGCCAAACGUGGACCAGUACGAGCGCAUGGGCUGGAACAGCACUGACGCUAUUGUCGACGCGAAGACGCGCGAUCGGGGAUACAGUACCGCAGCCAUGGCGGGCGCGUUCGCAAAGCGGAUCGGCGCGGAGCGUCUCGUGCUGCAUCACAUCAGCGCUCGAUUUCCGGCACCAAACAUGCACUCGUCGACGAACAGCGGGACGGAGAAGCUCUGGCACGCGUGCAUGGGCUCGGAGAUUGAGCGGCAGGCGAAAGGGACACGGUGCCCGCCACAGCGUGUGCUCUCGCAGGCGGCCUGGGAUUUUCUGUCGAUCACGAUCCCAGAGAGCAUCCCGCGCGCCGCAGACGUCGGAGGCACAGCGGCGGAGCCGAUUGAGAUCGAUGCAAACGCGGGGCCGCCAACGCAGGCGGGCCAGGGGCGUGGGCAGUGCGCGCGGAUAUUUGUGGCAAAAAUUCAGUGUACCGCAGCUACUAGUCUUAUUCUCGUCGCCUCAUUACGGCUAGGCCAGCUUUGCAGUAUGAACUCCACUGACCCUGCAGAAGUCGCUUUUAUCAUACUCUUCGAGGCUGCUAGUGCUGCAGAACUGUACUACAAUGCGGCCAAUGCGGGCCUAAACCCAUGCUUAUCGACGUCCGCUAUUACUCAACUUGAAGGGUAUGUGGCUUGGGCAGGCGAACGUUGUCAGGUGGAACUCAGAUACGAGGACAUCUUCGGAGCGGCAUACCCGUUUAUUCUAUCCUCCUCAGUAACUCUCGGAUCCCGCAUAUGUAUGAUCCUCAACAACGCCAUUGUGCUCGUCGUCACUUGGACGGUCACCCAUGGCUACCGGAAUCAGGAUAUCCUCAAAGGCUUUGGAAAGAAGAUGACGUUAUCUAGCGUCUUGUACAAGAACGAAAGCGAGCGCAUAAGCGUAUUCCUGGCCAUCCUCGAUAUCCUAUAUGAGAGCUCCACGGCCAUCCUCAUCACAAACUUCCUCUUCCAGAUCCAAGACGCCGCGGCAGUUCGCGCUGCGUCCAGCGAUUUUCAGGCGGCCACCUGGCAGGAUACUCACAGCAUCCUGCAAUUCGCUAGGGCAGAUGUCGACAACUGGGCCAUAGAACUUCAAUGUUCCCGUGAAGAUGAAGGCGAUAAUCAGAAAGAGCAGGAUGGAGGAAGCGAUGUAGUGGUGCUGGAUAUUCCCGAGCCAGUUGUGAUCAUCGCGUCGCGCGUGGCACUCAUCGUCAGCGACGUCGUCGUGCUCGGCGUCACCUGGUCUGUUACGCGCACCUACCGCAGCCGAAGUAUCCUGCGUAGAUUCGGACGGACGACGACGCUCGCGGGCGUCCUGUACAAGAACGGUGCUAUAUACUUUGUGGUGCUGACGACGUUGAACAUCAUCUACCUCGCCGUCAUCCUGAUCGAGGUGCGGGUGUGGCAGGACACGCUGGGCGUCGGCGCGCGCGAGCGCAUGGGCCUCUUCUCUGACUUCGUCACGAUCACGUACGACAGCUUCACGACGAUCCUCGUGGUCCACUUCAUGGUGCGCCUCCAAGAGGCAGCGCGCCCCACGGCCGGGAGCGUGUGCUUCGCGACUGGCACGGGGACGCUGCAGUUUGCAUGCGCGGACUUCGACUGCGUGGCUGGGGCCGCGACUGGGCUUGAAGGGACCGGCGAUGGCGCAGCGUGGGUCGCAGGGCAGAGCGGGGGACAGACCGCGGACGCCGAAGAGGUGGAACUGGACGCGAUGCCGCAGGGGACCCGGAGCAUCAACUUUCGGUGA